AUGGAUGCCGCCUCAGACGUCGGCCCCGCGGCCCAACAUCGAGACUCGACCCGACACGACGAUGGCGUCGGCGCCGCAAACGAACCGGGCCUUUCGAUAUGCCGUAUAUGUCGUGGGGAGGGCUCGCAGGCUGAGCCGCUCUUCUAUCCAUGCAAGUGCAGCGGCAGCAUCAAGUAUGUCCACCAGGACUGCCUGAUGGAGUGGCUCUCGCACUCGCAGAAAAAAUACUGCGAGCUGUGCAAGACGCCCUUCCGUUUCACCAAGCUGUACUCGCCGGAUAUGCCGCAGUCGCUCCCUGUGCACAUCUUCGUCCAGCACAUGGCCAAGUACCUGCUACGCAACCUGCUGGUGUGGCUACGGGCGGCUGUAGCCAUCAGCGUCUGGGCUUUCUGGCUUCCCUACUUUAUGAGAGCCUUCUGGUCGUUCAUGUUCCGGAUCAGCGACGAGGGCCUGGCUACCGGGUCCAUCAUCCCGCGAAUAAACGAGACCAACAACACAUUGUCUGCCAUUCCCUCAUCAAUCCUGGCCAUUGGUACCUGUCCCGCCAGCCCUCUGCUGAAUGCCACCACCACAUCGGUGGCCGAAGUCGAAGCCGUUGUCGGCCAUCUUCAAGGCAAGGACGUUUCCGAUUAUCUCUUUCGAUUCUUCCUUGGCUCCUUCACUUCUCCAUUGCUAGCCUCGGACGGUGAUCUGGAACAGGUAGCCAACGCUUCUGCCGGAUCAAAUUAUGCCAGUCCAUCCACCAUCACCUCGACACUCCUCGGCAAUGUGGCGUUCAUCGGGAAUCUCACUCGAAGCGCCAACCUGAACCGGGCCAUUGUAUCCGUGCUGGAAGGACAAGUCAUAACGGUAUUGGUCAUCAUCUCCUUCAUUCUCAUCAUCCUAGUUAGAGACUACGUUGUUCAGCAACAGCCCGAAAUCAACAUGCGGGCUGCCUUUGCCGCUCCUGAAAAUGAGUUCCCGAUUCCACCACCGCCGCCGCCGCCGGAUGCUGCUCAGCCACAACCCCUGCCGCCAAAUCCCGAAGCCGCAGGCGCAGGCUCGGACGAUGAAACCCUGGAGGAAAACGAUGUGAUGGACGAUCAACCCUGGCGAGCGAUCCCGGCUGUGAUGGUCGGCCCCGCGGACUCAUUGACUCCGGGCUCUUCGAAUCACUCGAUGCUUGAUCAUGAUCAUGAUCACGACCCUUUCCCCACGUCCAGCACCACGUCAAUGCAGAACGACCAACUCAAUUCGCACGCACAAGAGGGCGCUGAUGAUGGAGAGGUCGCGGAAGAACGAGCCACCGUCGAGGACUAUCUACGCAUCUACCGCCGCGCAAAAGGCGACUUUUCAGAGAUUUUGCGAAUCAUCGAGGAGGAGGGCCUGCAAGAGAAGCUCAAGUACUGGGUCGAGGUUACGCGCCGCUCAACCGUGGAUAAUGCCGAACGUGCGGCUGCUGAUGAAGCUGCAAGCGACGCUGUCGCGGACGAGGAAAGCCAUUACGAGCAUGACGGUGAUUCAGACCAUGAAACACUCCAAUCGCCGCCCAACUGGAAAGGCAAAGAACCAGCUUGGUCUCCGACCUCGGCAGACGCCGAUGUCUCGGGCCCUUCAGUUGACGAUCCCUUUAGUGAUUCGUACUACCCCGUCAUUGCCUCGCGGCCUCGUUCAAUGUCCGACGGAUUCCAGGAGCAAGAGUCGGCCAACCCGUUAGUGAACGAUUCGUGGUCCUUUGACUUACUGCCUUCGGAUGCCCAGCAUGGAACCGCAUCCCUCGACCAAGAGGAACCUGAGCUUGAUUUAAUCGAACCGCAGGCGUUGAGCGAGGCCGAAGACAACGAUGAGGACAACCAUCUGAAUAGGGAAAACUACAGGCGCCAUCCAGACGGAGACAUCUAUCGACGCCAUCCUCAGCCAGAAGUCUACCAGCGCCACCCCCAGCCGGAGCACCGCCCCGAGCCGGAAGCCUUCCCGCGCCAUCCUCCCGACUUCGACGUCUAUCACCGCCACCCAGCUGCAGAUGCCGACUUCGACGGUCGACCGCCUCAUGUCAACGACGCCGCCGCCGAAGAAGCCGCCAUCGAUGACCAUGAUGCCCCGGCCGCUGGUCUCAUCAAUAGAGUUGCUGAUUUCAUGUGGGGUAAUUUGAAUGAGCCGGCCGCUAGAGGCGGCCCUAUUGCAGCCCCGGAAGCAGCCGUGGCCGAUGAGGGGGAUGCUGCCCAGCGAGCUGCCGGUGUUGGACAAGAUGCCGCUGCCGUGGACGAUGGCUGGAUAGACGUUCCAGACGAAGCCAACGGCGAAGAUGCGGACGGCAUCGCUGCUGACGGCAAUGCGGCGGCAUUCGACGCCGAGGCAAUCGACGACCUGGAAGACUUCGAAGGGGUCAUGGAGUUGAUUGGCAUGCGUGGUCCCAUCGCGGGCCUCUUCCAGAAUGCCAUCUUCUGCGCCAUCAUCGUUGCCGUGACCAUAUUCGCUUGCAUCUUCCUCCCCUACAACAUUGGCCGUGUGUCCGUGUGGCUUCUCGCGAGCCCUACGCGGGUUGUCCGCAUGCUCUUCGAAUUCUCCAAGCUGCUGCAAGACGUCACCUUCCUGGUCGGCGGACUAAGCUCUUGGUGCGGGCUGAACAUCGUCGACAUGUUUGCGUCCGUUAUCGGGGGCUCUGCUAAGGCACAUGUCGUCUCAGCCAGGAAGAUAUCGUGGGCUCUCUGGACAGGCGCCGGCAGCAGACUUUCCAGGUCUCUCUUCCUCGAGUUUUUCCCCAUGACGACCAUGGAGAUUCACAACUUUUCCGCAGUUAGCCACGAGGCGCUUAAUACGGUCAAGGGCAACAUCCUAUCGGUAUUUUCCAACAUCGGCGACAGCUUCACUGCUGCUCGUGCCAUGGGCCUUGUCAAUAUCGUGUACACGAGCUUCACGACGAUUGAUGAAACGCUCCGAAAGUUGGCGCUCUUAGCCACGAAACCCAACCUGUGGGUGAUUGACCUGAGCAUGCCUGAAAAGUGGCCAGCGGCCGAUCCGCAGUUGACACACUGGUCGAGCCUGGACAGGUUCUGGGCGAUCCUCGCCGGCUACGCCACCGUCUCUCUGAUUGGUGCGCUGUAUCUGAAAAAGGGCAGCCCAUUCUCGAGAAGCACGACAAUUCAUGCUUGGGAGGCGGGCGUCAUCGACUUCCUCCAGCAAGCCAGCGGAAUCAUCAAGGUGAUUCUCAUCAUCAGCAUUGAGAUGCUCGUCUUUCCCCUCUACUGCGGCCUGCUUCUCGACGUUGCCCUCCUGCCUCUAUUCGAGGACGCCACGCUGACGGGCCGACUCAUGUUCACCUGCAAGUAUCCGUUGACAUCGGUGUUCGUCCACUGGUUCGUAGGCACCGGCUACAUGUUUCACUUUGCUCUUUUCGUUUCCAUGUGCCGCAAGAUUAUGCGACCAGGUGUCUUGUACUUCAUCCGAGAUCCUGACGAUCCCGAAUUUCACCCCGUCCGCGACGUACUCGAGAGGAACCUCACAACGCAGCUGAGGAAGAUUCUCUUCUCCGCAUUCGUUUAUGGAGCACUUGUGAUUGUAUGUCUCGGCGGCGUCGUCUGGGGCUUGUCGUUUGCCAUGCCUGGCGUGCUGCCCAUCCACUACUCGUCGAACGAACCAGUCCUGGAAUUCCCCAUCGACCUCCUGUUUUACAACUUCCUCAUGCCGCUUGUGGUCAAGUUGGUCAAGCCCAGCGACGCGCUGCACACCAUGUACACGUGGUGGUUCCGCAAGUGUGCGCGGGGUUUGAGGCUCACAUACUUUCUCUUUGGAGAAAGGAAAAUUGACGAGGAAGGAACCUUGCGUCUCCGCCCUGGCGUUGAGGAUACCAGGCUUUUGAAGUCACCAUACUUGCUCGAGCUUGGAGAGGGAGACAAGGUUGUGCCAAAGACCUGGCGAGAUACUUUUGAAGGUGGCGACCUGAAGCCAAACACGGUCAUGAAUUCGGAGCAAAGAAGAGAGCUGCGCCGCAGAAAAGCUGAGCUUGUCAAGUCCCAGCAGCUCGUCAGGGAUGGCCAGUUUGUCCGGGCCCCUGCGUCCGACAGGAUCAAGAUCCCCAAGGGGCAACGUGUCUUCCUGACCGUGAGCGAGCGCAACCACCGAAAGGACGGCCGCCCGGACGACGACAUCUAUUCUACGAACCAGUACCUGAUGGUCUACGUACCUCCCUACUUCCGCGCAAGAGUCCUCCUGUUCAUCUUCUUCAUCUGGCUGUUUGCCUCGGUUACCGGCGUGGGCUUCACCAUCAUCCCGCUGAUUCUUGGCAGGCGAAUCUUCAAGCUGUUGAUACCAAGCUACGUCAGAACGAAUGACAUCUACGCCUUCAGCAUCGGAGUCUACCUGCUCGGCUCGGCUGCCUACUUUGCAUUCCACUACCCCAUGAUACGGAAGACGGUUCGGAAAUGGGUGCGGCAAGCACGACGCGACGUGGCUGACGGAAGGGCAUGGAAACGGGGCACUGCCUUGGGCAUCCGACUGGCCAAACUCUUCUAUGCCUACUUUAUCCUGGUGAUUGUGUUCCCACUGCUUACGUCGGCGCUGAUGGAGCUCUAUGUCACCAUCCCACUCCACACAUACAUGUAUCCUCCCAAGGCAAUCUCGACUCUUGGGGGCGAGGCAGUGGAACGCCACACGAUACGCGUCAUUCAAUCGUGGGUCCUGGGACUGCUCUAUCUGAAGCUGGGAAGCCAGAUGAUCACGUCGCUGUUCCCAGACAGCCGCGCCGCAAGGGCAGUCCGAUCCAUCAUGCGCCGCGGAUGGCUGCGGCCAGACGUGCGUCUCCUGACGCGGGCCUUUGUGAUCCCAGGCUUGCUUGCAUUCUGCGUGGCCGUCUUCGGACCGCCCAUGGUGGCAGGAUUCGUCAUCAGGCAUGGCGGCCUUGGUGGAGGCUCCUCAGGAGAGGAUGCAGCCGAGGCGGUAAGGCUGGCGGUGAUUUACAGGCAGUCGUAUCCCGUGGCGGCGUUUGCGGCCAUGCUUGCCAAACAAGCCAUCGGUCUCGUCAAGGUAACGAACCGGUGGGCGGCGGGCGUGAGAGAUGAGGCGUACCUGAUCGGCGAACGACUGCACAACUUUGGAUCUAGGACAUCCGGCACAAAGAGGGUCAGGACCCAGAGGUAGAUGAGCAGUGAAGAAAGGGGGGGGGGGGGGCUGCCUGACUGAAGAGAACGGUUGGCUGUGUCGAGCGGUAAUGAUAAUGAAAUGCAUGACGGGGAGGAAUUUUGCUGUAUGUCAGUAGGUAUACAGCUUAG